UCAGGACGUACUGGAUUAACAGGUUGGCGUCAGGUUUGUGGGCCAAAAACAUAAAAUCGGCCACUGACAAAAAGCUGGAGGACUUAAUUGGGGUAAAUAUUCUUUAAAUCCCUGCGACACCCCUAAUGAUUAAUAUGUGCACCACCUCAUGUUUUUCUGUUCCAUGUACUGUUCUCAUGUCACCAAACACCAGAGGAGUUUAAAUUCCAGGAUAAGAAUUCAUGUUGCCUUGUCAUUUCCAGGUCAGUAGUCCUGCAUGGUAUUUAUGGGUCAAAAUAUACCAUGGUUAUAUUUACAGGAAAGAAAUGUUUUCUGCAAAAAUUCUGUUUUGUUUUCUUAAUUUUCUUUCAGUUUUCUUAAUCAAAAUCUCAUAAAUUUAAAAUCUGACAGUUUUUCCCAGCUAAAGCGAUUUGACUAUAAAUAGAAAAUGACAAUAAAAGAUGGAGCUCAUUUUUAUGCUGUUUUUAUAUUGUGUUUGAUGAAAAAUAUCAAGCUAAGGUAAAAUAGCACGAGGAUUAAGCAGCAGGUUAAUGUACAUUAGAUGAUACAAUGUAGAGGAUUUUGAAUACCAUCAACUAGUUUUACCAAAGAUUGUGACCAGCUGGAAUUUGGGACUGGAUUGAAGCCAAGACCAGUGCAAUCCAGAUCACUUCAAUGCCAAGACUGAUGUCAAAAUACUCCAACACACACCGUGCAUUGUGGGAAGUUCCGCUUCUCCUCUCUAUAUGACAUUGGAUCAAAUCUGGGCACCAUCCUUUAAUCAGCUGGGCCUCUCACCACUCUGUAGAAAUGGGUGCGACAGCGUCCAGUCCCACCACGACGGUGAAGGCGGAGGACGCAGUGGUCCCUCACCACCGCGUUGAUGCUGCACAGUCCGCAGCUGGUGUUGCGCAUGGACAGCACCAUCGGGCCUUUCUGUCCGGAAGCCCCCCACCAGAAUGUCCUAUGCACCAAGCCAAGACGGGCGCAUCAGAGGAAGCGAAGGCGCCCCCUCCUGGACCAGUGCAUCAGGAACGAGCCUAUGAAUUUGUGGAGUGUCCAAUGAGGGCGGCGUCUGGGGUUGGCCAGGGUCCAGGUGACAUCGACCCGGCAAACAUGAUGCCUCCUCCGAACCAGACUCCCGCUCCUGACCAGCCAUUCGAACUGUCUCUGAGCAGGGAAGAAUCCAGAAUCCCGCGGGCUGGAACCGCCAAAAAUUGGGUCUACCCCUCAGAGCAGAUGUUCUGGAAUGCCAUGCUUCGCAAGGGGUGGCGCUGGAAGGAUGAUGACCUUUCUCAGAAAGACAUGACGAACAUCAUUAAGAUUCACAACCAGAACAACGACCAGGCGUGGCAGGAAAUCCUGAAAUGGGAAGCCCUCCAUGCUAGGGAAUGCCCAUGCGGACCGUCUCUGGUACGGUUUGGAGGGAAAGCUAAGGAGCUGUCUCCCAGGGCUCGUAUCCGCAGCUUAAUGGGGUACGAGUUGCCUUUUGACCGGCACGACUGGAUAGUGGACCGCUGUGGGAAGGAAGUUCGAUACGUCAUCGAUUAUUAUGAUGGGGGUGAAGUGGACAAGCAGACCUAUGAGUUCACUAUCCUCGAUGUCCGCCCGGCGUUCGACUCCCUUGGGGCGGUGUGGGACCGGAUGAAAGUGGCUUGGUGGAGAUGGACCUCGUGAAUUCAUGCUAAGAACCUAAGCGCGCAGGAUAAGGAGAAGUUCUCAAAUCGAAAAAAAAUAAGUUGGCAGGAUUGUAUCUCAGUUGGAUGCUAAUAAAGGCACGGACGAUCUUUUGUUGGCAGUACACAAAAAAAGCUAUAUUUCACAGAGGUUAUUCUGAACCAUACGGGUAUUCAGCUCCGGGUUAAA